UGCUCGUAUCCUGGUUGCAUCAAAGGGCGCUUGAAAGGAGGGUACUGCGCUCAGCACGGCGGGGGCAAGCGAUGCUCGCAGCCAGACUGUACCAGGCUUGCCGGUGUUUACGGAAAGUGCAUGGCUCAUGGCGGACGGCGAAGAUGUUCUACACCAGGCUGCACGUCAGCCGUCCAGUCGAAGGGCAGGUGCGGCAGUCAUGGUGGCGGCACCCGAUGCUCCGAAGAUGGCUGUACCAAAGUUCCAACGUGGAAGGGCAAGUGCCUACAUCAUGGA